ACAAGGCAGUAGACUGCUAUCUACCACUGUCUACUCUCUCUACUACCUUCUAUACUACUCUGCUCUACUCUUCUACUCUUAACUUAGUCUACCAGUCUGCUCCCAAAAUAGCACAUUCCAGCCACAGACUGCCACAAGCUGCCGGUAUAUAAAGCGAGCAGGGAUCCCACUCUUUUCCUUCCCUCACCCACUCCUUCCUUCGCUGCUUCACUACACAAUGCACUUCUUCACGCUCGCUACCCUCAUCGCAGCUGCAUCAGCACUCCAAAUCACCAACCCAGCACAAGUCCAAAACAAUCCAGUGCAGUACAACAACGGUUCCAUCACCGUCACCUGGAACACAGUCUCCACUGACCCAAACACCUUCAAUGUCGCACUCUCUGCCAACGGUGGACAGUCCAGCACACAGGUAGCCACCAAUGUUGCUGCCAGUGCCGGUCAGCUUGUCAUUUCACUCGCUGGUGUCGCUCCUGGUCGUAACUACCAAGUCAACUUUGUCGCUCUCCCUACACCACAAAACACGCAGGGCAUCCUUGCUCAGUCUGGUCAGUUUGAGAUUGCUCAAGGUGCUGGAUCUGCUUCUGCUGCUACGACUACUGCUGCUACUGCUGCCACUAUGACUACACGCGCUACGACGACAACUGCUGCAGGUACAGGUGCAGGUACUGGUGCUGUGGUUGGUACAAACGGUACGGUGGCUGGAACAAACGGCACAGCUGGCACUGGCUCUGGUUCAAACGGUGGUCGUGUCCCUUCUGGUUCAGGUGCAGGUAAAGUGUCUGUGACGUUUGCUGGUGUUGCUGCCCUUGCACUGGCGAUGCUUGCUUAGAGAUGGAUGCUUGUUAUGACUGAUAUGCCUGCAUUCGUUGAGUUAUUAUAGACGUAGUAAUCAUUGUACUUGCUCUCUGUCUCUCUCUACUAUAUACUACUAUGCUAUAUACUACUAUAUUCAUCUAUAA